UUCCACUUUCAUUCUUCCCUCCCCAAACGACCGUUAUCCACAACACACGUGGCCUUUCCUCAACUCAGUUCCCUCCUCCUCCUCCUUCUUCUUCUUCCUUCUUCCACCAGCGAACCACCACAACAAACUCGAUUCAGUUCAACCCAACGAUGCGUAACCGUUUUCUGAGCUUCUGAAACCGCCGCGAACGCACCGAUUCAAUGACCCUCUUGCUCUCACCCCCUUCUGCUCUCACCUUCACCAAACUCUUCUUCCCGAGCUCGAACUCCACAACCCAAUGGAGGUUCCAGUUCCGAUUCCAAGCCCGCGCGAAGACCAAGGAGCUCGUCCUCGGAAACCCCUCGGUCACCGUCGAGAAAGGAAAGUACACCUACGACGUCGAAACCCUAAUCAACAAGCUCAGCAGCCUCCCGCCACGUGGCAGCAUCGCCCGGUGUCUCGACUCCUUCAAGAGCAAGCUCUCCCUCAACGACUUCGCCGUCGUGUUUAAGGAGUUCGCGCAGCGCGGUGAUUGGCAGCGCUCGCUCCGGUUGUUCAAGUAUAUGCAGAGGCAGAUAUGGUGCAAGCCUAAUGAGCAUAUAUACACUAUCAUGAUGACGCUUUUGGGGAGGGAAGGGUUGUUGGAUAAGUGCCGCGAGGUGUUCGAUGAAAUGCCUAGCCAAGGGGUUCCGCGCAGCGUGUUUGCUUACACCGCGAUUAUCAAUGCAUAUGGCCGGAAUGGUCAGUUUAACGCGUCGCUUGAGCUUCUUGAUAGGAUGAAGAAGGAGAGGGUUUCACCGAGUAUUUUGACUUAUAACACUGUGAUUAAUGCUUGUGCUAGGGGUGGGUUGGAUUGGGAAGGGUUGUUGGGGUUGUUUGCUGAGAUGAGGCAUGAAGGGAUACAGCCUGAUGUGGUAACUUAUAACACGUUGCUCAGCGCGUGUGCUCAUAGGGGGUUAGGCGAUGAAGCUGAAAUGGUGUUUAGGACCAUGAAUGAAGGUGGGGUUGUUCCUGAUAUUAAUACUUAUAGUUAUCUUGUUCACACGUUUGGUAAGUUGAAUAGACUUGAGAAGGUUUCGGAGCUUCUUAGGGGAAUGGAGUCAGGGGGUAGUUUGCCGGAUGUUAGCUCUUAUAAUGUGCUGUUGGAAGCUUAUGCGGGUUUAGGGUCCAUCAAAGAGGCGAUUGGCGUGUUUCGGCAGAUGCAGGCGGCGGGGUGUGUGCCGAAUGCAGCCACGUAUAGUAUUCUGUUGAAUUUGCAUGGGAAGCAUGGGAGGUAUGAUGAUGUUCGCGAUCUUUUUCUUGAAAUGAAGGUGAGCAACACUGACCCUAAUGCCGGUACUUAUAACAUUCUCAUACAGGUCUUUGGGGAAGGUGGAUACUUUAAGGAGGUGGUCACUUUAUUUCAUGACAUGGUGGAAGAAAACAUUGAGCCAAACAUGGAGACUUAUGAGGGUUUGAUAUUUGCUUGUGGGAAGGGAGGGCUGUAUGAAGAUGCCAAGAAAAUUUUACUCCACAUGAAUGAGAAGGGAAUAGUGCCAAGUUCCAAGGCUUAUACUGGGGUAAUUGAAGCAUAUGGGCAGGCUUCACUGUAUGAAGAGGCUCUAGUUGCGUUUAACACUAUGUUUGAAGUGGGAAGCGACCCGACAGUUGAGACCUACAAUUCACUCGUUCAUGCAUUUGCAAGGGGGGGAUUAUACAAAGAAAUGGAAGCAAUUUUAUUCCGGAUGGGCGAGUCUGAUUUACAACGGGAUGUGCAUUCAUUCAAUGGUGUGAUUGAAGCUUAUAGGCAAGGAGGUCGGUAUGAAGAGGCUGUAAAAACUUAUGUUGAGAUGGGAAACUCAAACUGUGAUCCUAAUGAGCUGACGCUUGAAGCAGCAUUGAGCGUAUACUGCUCUGCAGGUCUUGUUGAUGAGAGUGAGGAUCAGUUCCAAGAAAUUAAAGCUUCAGGGAUACUGCCUAGUGUUAUGUGCUACUGCAUGAUGCUGGCUCUUUAUGCAAAGAGUGAUAGGUCGAAUGAUGCCUAUAAUCUAAUUGAUGAGAUGAUCACGAUAAGGGUGUCAGAUAUUCAUCAAGUGAUAGGGCAAAUGAUCAAGGGAGAUUUUGAUGAUGAGUCUAAUUGGCAGAUUGUGGAGUAUGUCUUUGACAAACUCAAUUCUGAAGGAUGUGGAUAUGGAAUGAGAUUCUACAAUGCACUGUUAGAAGCUCUUUGGUGGAUGUACCAGAGAGAAAGGGCUGCAAGAGUUCUCAAUGAAGCAUUAAAGAGAGGGCUUUUCCCAGAACUUUUUCGUAAAAAUAAACUUGUGUGGUCUGUGGAUGUCCACAGGAUGUCGGAAGGUGGUGCAUUAACCGCGCUAUCAAUUUGGCUGAACAAUAUGCAGGAGAUGUUCAUGACUGGCGAGGAUCUUCCUGAGCUUGCAUCAGUUGUUGUGGUUCGGGGUGAAAUGGAGAAAAGCGCAAAUACCCAAGAUUUCCCUAUCGCAAAGGCUGCCUUUACAUUCCUGCAGGAUAAUCUCUCAUCCUCCUUCACUUUUCCUGGAUGGAACAAAGGUCGCAUUGUUUGUCAGCAGUCACAACUAAGGCGAAUGCUUUCGGGCACAGGAUCAUCUUCAAGUUCGAAAAAAAUGGAUCCAUUAGUAUCUUUAAGUAAUACCACUUUGACUGAUGCAGGAGCUAUGUCAUCUAAAUCUGAUGUGCAAAGUGGUAAAGCUAAUGAUGUUGAUUCUAGAACCGAUAGAACAAGAACAGAGCUUCUAACUAGUUCAGUUUAGAUUAGAGCAAUAUAGGAAAUCUUAUUCUUCACUUCCCUAUGCCCUGUUUUGGUUGAUUUGAAAUUAAGAUUAGGGCACUGUACUAUUUGUUAGACUAAUAAUGUUCAAAGUGGGCUGGCAUUCUGGUCUCCAAAAUUUUGGUAAAUAUGUUCUCAAGGUAUCUGAAGAAAGCUCAAUUGGCCAUUGGCACCAAUGUUUACCUGUGCAUUUGAUUCCUGAUUCUGCAUAGGAUACACCAUAAAAACAAUAAACAUGUUUCUUUUGAUCUUUA